GUCCAUAGACAUUAGAAUUUAGACCAUAAACAACAACUCUUUCUCAGUUUGAGUUUGAUCAUGGCGGUCGGUAAAAAUAAGGGACUGUCCAAAGGUGGCAAAAAGGGUGUUAAGAAGAAGAUUGUUGAUCCCUUCACCCGCAAAGAUUGGUACGAUGUUAAGGCCCCGUCUAUGUUCACUAAGAGGCAAGUGGGCACCACCCUUGUCAACCGUACUCAGGGAACCAAAAUCGCUUCGGAGGGCCUGAAGGGACGCGUGUUUGAAGUGUCCCUGGCUGAUCUGCAAGCCGACACUGAUGCAGAAAGGUCUUUCCGUAAAUUCCGUCUCAUUGCUGAGGAUGUUCAGGGCCGCAAUGUUCUCUGCAACUUCCAUGGCAUGGACUUGACCACUGACAAGCUCAGAUGGAUGGUUAAGAAAUGGCAAACCCUUGUGGAGGCCAACAUUGACGUAAAGACCACAGACGGCUACCUCCUCCGUGUGUUCUGCAUUGGCUUCACCAACAAAGACACACUAAGCCAGCGCAAGACCUGCUAUGCUCAACACACUCAGGUCCGUGCUAUCAGAAAGAAGAUGUGUGAAAUUAUCACCCGUGACGUAGCUAAUUCAGAGCUGAGGGAGGUUGUGAACAAACUGAUCCCUGACUCCAUCGCCAAGGACAUUGAGAAGGUCUGCCACAGCAUCUACCCACUCCGUGAUGUCUGCAUCCGCAAGGUCAAGGUGCUGAAGAGGCCGCGUUUCGAGAUUGCUAAACUGAUGGAGUUGCACGGCGAGGGUGGCGGCGGCAAGCGCGGUGAGGCCGGAGACAAGUCUGAACGUCCUGAGGGCUAUGAACCGCCUGUACAAGAAAGUGUAUAAGUUUUAAUAUACAUCAAAAAAAUAUUAACUCUUUC